AUGAAUAAUUCAGUCUAAAACAUACGAAGACCUGUAACAUCUUAAAAUUAUAGAUCAACAGACAAAUUAGGAAGUAACAGCCAACAAAAGUUACCUAAUUUGAGUGAUGUGAUGAACCUAAAACUUAAAUAGCAAAGUGAAAGAGAACUAUAGGAGCUAGUUUAAAAAUUAGUGAAACAAGUUUAAUAACUUAAUUCAGCAGUCAUUUAAAAAGAUAAAUAAAUAUAGCAAUAUGAAUUUAUGAUUAAAUCACUUUAAAUAGCUAUCGAAAAAAGAGAUUGCAUUAUUAGUGCAUUGAGAGUCGAGAAGUAAUAAAUAGUUGAGAUUGUGAAUCCAUUAAAACCUAUGGUUAAGACAGAUGAUUCAUCAAGAACACCAAGUUUAGGUCCAAAGAAAUCACUUAGGACAAGAACAAAAGACACGAAUUUUGAUGAGAAUCUUUCUGCUAUCCUUGAUUCUGAUUAUGGUAUAUAUAUUCAAUUUAUUUUAAGCCUUAUUGAGUUAAUAUGUUAAAUGUUAUGAAGAAUUAAAUCAUUUAACACAAAUAAAGAAUUUAGUUUCUAAUGAAGAUUAAUUUUUUGCAAAUAUUUAAAAAAUGGAGUUGAGCAAUAUUGUACACAUAUUUGAUGCAAUUUAAUUAGUGUUGCAAGAGCAUAAACUUUUGUUCAAAAAUGUAAUUAAAUAAAAUAAAUUAUUUGAUGCUUGUUUAUAAAUUUAUGAAGUAUUAUUUAUUUUUGUAAUAUAUUUUAGCAAAUUCCUUUAAAUGAUUAAUUAGAUAGUUUAUAAGGAUUACUAAGAGAUUCACUUAAUUGUGAUAGGGUUUAAAUAUAUGUGUUAGACAGUGAACACUAGGAGUUAUGGACAAAAACUAAAGAUAGAGUAUUAAGAAUUUAAUCCAAUGAAGAUAUAAUUGGAGCUUGUUUUUAAGAAAGAGGCUUGAUUAAUGUUCAUAAUGCAUACAAUGAUCCUAGAUUCAAAAAAGAUAAUGAUAAGGGUUAUAAAACAAACACAAUUUUAUUAUGUCCAAUUUUAGAUAAAUAACAAAAUUCAAUUGGAGUUAUAUAAGCAGUCAAUAAAUUAACUGGGCAUUUUAAUAAUGAUGAUUAAUUAUUUAUUUCUAAGACAUCUGAAAUGAUAUCAAUCUUAUUGAGAAAUCAUUAAUAAUCAAGUGAAUCUAUUAGUAUUUAGAAUGCACUAAGAAAUGUUAUACAUGUAUAUUAUACAACUUAAUCUUAGGCUUAAUUAUAAUUAGUAUACAUGAAUGAUACAGAACAAAUCUUAUUUGAAGCAGAAAACCUAUUAAAAAACUUAUUCCAUACACAAAAAGGUUUAGUUUAUGUUGUUAAUAAUAAUCGAUUACUAAGAGUAAAUGAAAAGAAAUUACUUGAAGUAUCAUAAUUAGGAAUCGGAAUUGUUGGGGAAGCUCAUAAAUUUAAAGAAUUUUUAUGGGUUUAAAAUGCCUAUAAUCAUUAGUCAUUUAAUAAUUUAGGUUUUUUAUUUUAUUUUAUUUUAUUUUUAGUCGAUAUUUAAACUACCAUGCCAAUAUAUUGCAUUGAAAUAGAAGGAAAGCAUCAGUCUGUGAUUUUAUAAGUUAUUAAUAAUAAAGGAAUCAGAUCUUAAAAGGUUAGUUCAUUUGAUUAAGAAUUAUUAGAAAUGUUUGGAAAAAUUAUUUUAAGUAAAAUUGAUUUUCUAUAAUUAUGA